CACAAUGUAACAAACGACGAUCACAUAUUUUGCAAGAGAUAUAUUUUGCAAAUAUACUGCAAAUGAGGUGCUUCCUAAAUAUUUUUAGCUAAAAAUAAUCCCCUCGAUAAUACUAGCAAUUACGUCAAUAAACACAUUUACAAGUCAGAUACGAGUUGCAACUACUUAAUCAGUCAUUAUAAGUCAAGCAAAAAGACAGCAGGACUAUGCCAAAGAAGGGUGAGAAUAGCAAGGCAGUGGAGGCAAAGGCGAGGAAAGCAGAGGCUGCCAAGCAGGUUAAAGAUAAAAAAGAAAAAGCUGCAGAGGACGCGAGUUGGGAAGAUAAUGACAGGAACUUGGCUAGAAAACAAAAUAGAAAGGCAGAAGAAGAAAAGAAGCGACUGGAGAAACUUCAGCGCAAGAAUGAAAGUAAAGCACUUGAAGAACAAGAAAAAGAAUCCAUUGUAGUCAGCAAAACUCCCGCAGUGCAGAAGGUCACACAGGCCCAGAUUGAGGCUGAAAGAGAAAGGCGAGAAGCCGCAGCUAGAAAAUCAGCAAAAAAUAAUGCUUCCAUCCCCAAAGUGGCUCCAUUGGUCGAGAAUCUCAAUCGUUCAACAGCCGUGGAAGAAGCUACUACGGUGGAUGAAGCUUUAAAAAUGUUGACUGUUAGUGAUGACGCCGAUGGAGAUGGGAUUGAUCGUCACCCAGAACGAAGAGUGAAAGCCGCUUACAACGCAUUUGAGGAAGCAAGAUUAUCCAUCCUUAAGGCCGAAAAUCCAAGUUUGCGUCUUACUCAGUUAAAACAAAAGAUAUUUGAGGAAUGGAAAAAGAGCCCGGAUAAUCCCAUGAAUAAGGAUAAGGUUGCUGCUUACAAUUCAAAGUAGAUUAUUUUAUACGAACGUCAAUCGAAGAGUAGCUCUAAUAUCAUGAUAAUGCCUAAGAAUAUAAUGGAUGAAUAAAAUGUCCAUAUGAAUGGAAUAAUUAAUUUUCUGCUAAUAA